UGAGGGGAGCGGUGAUUUGAGCUCCGAGCAGCUGGGCUUCGCGGCUCGUUCCCUCCUUCGCGCUCUGUCGCUCAGCCGUCGCCGCCCGCCGGGCUGCGGGGUUCGGUGGCAUCUCUCGGGCGCGGCCACUGCUCCCGCCCCCGGUGUUGCUCUCUUCCUCCCAACCCGGACUCCCCCAUGUAUGACGACUCCUACGUGCCCGGGUUUGAGGACUCGGAGGCGGGUUCAGCAGACUCCUAUACCAGCCGCCCAUCUCUGGACUCGGACGUCUCCCUGGAGGAGGAUCGGGAGAGUGCCCGGCGUGAAGUGGAGAGCCAGGCUCAGCAGCAGCUUGAAAGGGCCAAGCACAAGCCCGUGGCAUUUGCUGUGAGGACUAAUGUCAGCUACUGUGGUGUACUGGAUGAGGAGUGCCCAGUCCAGGGUUCUGGAGUCAACUUCGAGGCCAAAGAUUUCCUGCACAUUAAAGAGAAGUACAGCAAUGACUGGUGGAUCGGGCGGCUAGUGAAAGAGGGUGGAGACGUCGCCUUCAUCCCCAGCCCCCAGCGCCUGGAGAGCAUCCGGCUCAAACAGGAGCAGAAGGCCAGGAGAUCCGGGAACCCCUCCAGCCUGAGUGACAUUGGCAGCAGGCGCUCCCCUCCUCCAUCUCUAGCCAAGCAGAAGCAAAAGCAGGCAGAACAUGUUCCUCCAUAUGAUGUGGUGCCCUCCAUGCGGCCCGUGGUGCUGGUGGGGCCCUCUCUGAAAGGUUAUGAGGUCACAGACAUGAUGCAGAAGGCUCUCUUUGACUUCCUCAAACAUAGGUUUGAUGGCAGGAUAUCCAUCACCCGUGUCACAGCGGACCUUUCAUUGGCAAAGCGAUCUGUACUUAACAACCCCGGCAAGAGGACCAUCAUAGAACGUUCCUCUGCUCGCUCCAGCAUUGCUGAAGUACAGAGUGAGAUCGAGCGCAUAUUUGAACUGGCCAAAUCCCUGCAGUUAGUAGUGUUGGAUGCCGACACCAUCAAUCACCCAGCUCAGCUGGCCAAAACCUCACUGGCCCCCAUCAUCGUCUUUGUCAAAGUGUCCUCACCGAAGGUACUCCAACGUCUCAUUCGCUCCCGGGGGAAGUCACAGAUGAAGCACCUGACUGUACAGAUGAUGGCAUAUGAUAAGUUGGUUCAGUGCCCACCGGAGUCGUUUGAUGUGAUUCUGGAUGAGAACCAGCUGGAGGAUGCCUGUGAGCACCUAGCUGAAUACCUGGAGGUUUACUGGCGGGCCACCCACCACCCGGCACCCAGCCCUAGUCUUUUGGGGCCCCCCAGUGCCAUCCCUGGACUUCAGAACCAGCAGCUGCUGGGAGAACGUGGCGAGGAGCACUCGCCCCUCGAGCGGGACAGCUUGAUGCCCUCAGAUGAGGCCAGUGAGAGCUCACGCCAAGCCUGGACAGGAUCUUCACAGCGUAGCUCCCGCCACCUAGAGGAGGACUAUGCAGAUGCCUACCAGGACCUGUACCAACCUCACCGCCAACACACUUCGGGGCUGCCUAGUGCUAAUGGACAUGACCCCCAAGACCGACUCCUAGUCCAGGACUCAGAGCACAACCACAAUGACCGGAACUGGCAGCGCAACCGGCCCUGGCCCAAAGAUAGCUACUGACAGCCUCCUGCUGCCUAGGCAGGCAGGCACAGGCACAGCUGACUGGGGGACCCACUCCAGGCAGACAGGUUGGAGUUAGACUGGCAUUAGGCUGCCACUAGGCUCAGCCCCCAAACCCCCCUGCCCAGCCCCAGCUCCAGGGCUGCCUGGGGUCCCAAGGUUCUGGGAGCAGGGGGCCCCUUUACCUCCUGGGCAAUGUCCUCCUAGGCUCCCAUUCCAGGUACUAGCUGUGUGUUCUGCACCCCUGGCACCUUCCAAUCCUCUCUUGCACAAGAAGCUGCCCACUGGGCAGUGCCCUCAGGCCAGGAUCCCUUUUAGCAGGGGCCUUCCCAUCACUCAGGGAAGGGAUGUCUCCUCAAAGUGACCAGAGGAUGGAGGUAUGGCCACAUGGCAUGAAGAAACAGUCCCUGAGCAGACACAGGUCUAACAGUCAAGGGACUCGGGGGUUGUACCUUGGGGUCCAAGGGCCUCCCCUUAACUCACUGCCAAACAUUAGAAAUGAGACAAUCAGAGACCAUCAGGUGGCACUCCCAUCUGUGAGCUGGGGCAGGCCAUCCAAGUACAGGACUGGAAUGGCAGGCAGCCCACACUGGGGCUAGAGCUCUUGGAGGGAGGGCUGUCUUCACCCUUAAACAACUGACUGGACUAGGGACUAAGAGCAUGGUCGAGCUAAGCAGAGGACAGGAGUCAACCUGGAUUGGGGACUCGGGGAGGGAGGGCGGGCGGGUAUGCACAGCACAGAUGUAUGAAACACUUUCAGGGCCCUGUUCGCCCCUUUGUUUUGUCCUUGCAUCUGGUCAUUUUUGGUUUUGCCCCUCAUGUGCCCUAGGGAAUAUGAGCCCCAAAAUUUACUCCCUGAUUCAUAGCUGCUGCUUCUUACAUUAGGGUUAGAUGGGGAGAGAUAGGACACAGUGAACAGCCCUUAGAGGCCGUGUCUACCUGCCUACCCUUGCCUAUGGCUCUAGUGUGACCUACAGAGCAUGCUCCACAAGACCCUGCCCCCACCUCACUGUCAUCACUAAUAAACACCAUGCACAGUC